AGGGGCCCGUCUCGCGCGAGAGCCGCGCGCGUCGAGCCGUGCGCGGUCGGGCGCGGCGGCUCCGCUCGGCCGCGCCCCCGAUCGGCCGCGCCCCCGAGGUGUCUGAACCCGGUGCCCAAGCCGGCCGUGGCGAAGCAGCUUCAACAGUUGCAGCAGCAGUUGCAGCUGAAAGAGCAGCAUCUGCUGCUGCGGCAAGCGGCGGAGUGCCUGAGGAACGCAGGCGGCGGCCACAGCGCCGCCAGCGCGGGGCAGGUGCCACCGCCAAGGCCGCGAUCUCGCAAGCGGCGCAAACGGCAACGUUCGGCCGGGCAGUCGACCUCCUCCGCGCGCGGGCGUCGGCCGCGGCGCAACGAGAGCAGGCGAAGCCCCGCGCCCGCGCAGCCGCGGCGCCCCCUCGCGAGGUGGCGCUCCAGCUCGCGCGACGAGCCCCCCGCGGUGCGGGCGCGGCUGCUGCGGACCAAGCCGAGCAGGUCUGCCUCCUCCAGCGCCAACGCCCAGAAGACCUCCGGGCGGAGGAGCGCCGUGUCGCGGGCGCUCGCGGGUGGCAGCGCCCAUUUGGGCGCUGGCGGCGCGCCGCGGGAGGCUUAUAUGCCCGGCUGCUCUGGCGCCUCGUGCGCCCGCCCGGCGCCGUUUGAGCACCGUGCAGGAGGAGUGUGAUUCCAGGAG